AUGCCUCAAGCCAUGCGCUUCACCACGACAGGAGAGCCUGCCACAAUGGCAGAGGUAACUAAACUGGCGUGGCACACCUUUUAUGGCAUGCAAAAAGCCUGCGAAGACUUCGAGAACCUGCGUUUCGAAGUCUGGACCAUUGCCAUUAGCUUGGACUCGCUCCAUAGUUUCGGCACAACCUCGUUACUCAUCGACCGUCAACCUGAUAAGGCCAGAUGGGCGCUAACAUUCUCGAAAAUUUUAACAUCGUUAGGUGCUGCUCUACGGCCAUUACACAAUCUCGUCAGACAAUAUCUCGGCAGCUCGUCGAAGGAUCGAGCGAGCAUCAAAAACUGGCUGUUGCACAGUGAUGUCACCAUUGAAGGUGUUACAAUUCAGGAUUUCAGAAGGAAGCUAUCGAUGCUGGUAGAAAGUCUCAAUGUCUUCCUUUCCUGCCUCACCCACGCCGAACUCGCCAGGGCCAGAGAGACAUCAGAAUCCGAGGAGUUCCGUGUCUUGAGCGAGGUGUCGAAGCACGUACUCCAUAAAUGGGAUUCGGACCUACCAACCGGGCUACGACGGCCAGCCGAUAGAUCGGCACAGCAGAUGGAAUUCAACGGGGCAGUAAAUGAGGAAGUCAAGGUCUCAAGUUCGCCACUGUUGCAAAAUGCAUCUUCUGGGCUUGGACUGCAACUUCCUAACACACCCGCUUCGCCAGUACGUCCCAGACACAACCAGGAAAAUCCUUCACGCAAAACUCCUCCCGGCGUGAUGAACCUCGAAGAUAUUGAAACUGGAUUUCGCAACCACAUGCACGCCAUGCGGCGUAUCCGAGAACAACUUCGUCAUCAACAAAUUGAUAGCGAUCAUCCUGUGGGCCAUCCAUCUCCACACUUCCUCGGUGUAAGCGAUAGCUCCAAAGGCCAAGGUUGGGGAGCUCACCCUCCGCUGACACCAACAACACCGACGUUGCAUCAUAAUCUGACCGACUCAUCUUCUUCAUCAGAGCUUUCUGGAGAGUACAUCGAGACCUCUAGCAGUGGCAGCAGCAGCAGCGACGGAAGUCACCAUAGUAAUAGUGGCUCACUGCAGAGUUCGGGUGCCAGCAGCAUCAACUCCCACCAUCUACUGAACAUCGUCGAAGAGGAGACGAAACCAAUCCAAGUACCACAUCAACAGCCUUCGUACGGUCAUCUCCGGAAACGCAAGAGGCGACCAGAAUAUCGCUUCAAGACCGGUCUCGAAGCUGAAAACUCUCACUCCAGCGACGGCGACGGCUCAGACGAGGCACUCGACGGCGGCCACCGUCAUCCGAAAACCGCCCUGGAACGCAUGCUGACUGUGGCCAUAUUCUUCGACCAAUAA